GAACAGGUCCAACUAUUACAAUAAAUAUCGCCAAAAAGCGAGCUGGGUCCACACAAGUGUUUUCUCGGGAAAGACGGUGAAUCGGUGAUGCGUAUGCGAUGGUACACCGGUUGUGGAACAAAGUCUCAGGUUUUCUUUUUCUUUUUUUUUUUGUCUCAGGCUGCACGAAAAUCGCAAAGCCUGUCUCACUUGGUGAGCGCGCUGCAUGUCGUGCAGGCGCAGAGAUGUGGAGUCGUGUGAGAGCACGUGAGUGCCCGCCUGCACCGGAGCUCGUCAUUGAAACCAAUGCAGAAGGAGAUACCGAGUCUUCUAGGGACCAGCAUACUAGCGACCUGAGGCUCAGACCAUUAAUGGUUUGCCAGAUAUCAAUAUCACUCCAUGAUUCAAUGAUUGGCAGGCACAAAAAAAAAGUCAACCACCUGAAGGAAAACCCCGAGUUGAAUUUGGAAAUGGCUUUUUGCAGCCAACAGAAUUUCGAUGUUGGAUAUCCACCUGGACCGUCUCUGGAAAAAACGACCAUGAAUUUCCGUUAGUCCAACAGACCGCUCACUAGUAAUUUGCCGACACCAUAACCGGCCAUUGGC